AUGGCCCUUGCUUUGCGGUAUGUUUACAAAAAAGGUCAAGUGAACGAGCCAUUUAUUGGUCUUGUUCGUGUUCAUGAUACCUCCGCAAAGUUGUUGAAGGAAGCAAUACUUUCUUUGCUUAUGAAACACUCACUAAGUCCAUCCAAAAUACGUGGACAAGGCUAUGAUGGAGCUAGUAAUAUGCAAGAAAAAAUGAAUGGUCUUAAAGCUUUAAUUUUGCAAGAAACUCCUUCGGCACAUUGCAUUCAUUGUUUCGCUCAUCAAUUACAGUUGACGCUUGUAGCGGUUGCUAAAAAACAUAAGGAGGUGGAGACUUCCUUUUCUAUAGUUGCUAAUGUGUUGAAUGUGAUUGGAGCAUCCUUUAAACAGACUGGUGAAGUUCAAAGUGGGAAAGGAUUAAAUCAAGAGCGAGGGCUUCAAAGGCCAAGUGACACUCGUUGGGGAUCACAUUGUAAAACAUUAGAUAACUUUGUUGUUUUAUUUGCAUCUACUGUUCAUGUGCUUGGGGUAUUGUUGAUGUCGAACGAGCUGAGUAAAGCUUUACAGAACAAAGAGCAAGAUAUUGUCAAUGCCAUGAUAUUUCUUAACCUUACAAAGGAAAGGUUGCAACAAAUGAGAUAUGAAGGAUGGAAACCAUUAAUGGAUGAAGUAUAUUUGUUUUGUACUAAACAUGACAUUUUGGUGCCUAAUAUGAAAGAAUUCUAUAUUCCUGGAAAGUCGAAGCGUAGGCCUUCUAGUGUUACUUAUUCACAUCACUUACGUGUUGAGCAUUUUUAUACAGUGAUCGAUUUGCAAGUUAAGGAGCUUAACCGUCGUUUUGAUGUUGUUAGUGGUAACUUGCUUCUUGGUAUGGCUAGCUUGAAUCCGGCUAACUCGUUUGCUAAUUUUGACAAAGAAAGAAUAAUGACCUUGGCCAAGUAUUAUCCAGAUGAGUUUGGCGAAUUGAAGCUUCGAGAUCUUAGUCACCAACUUGACACUUUCAUAUUGCACAUGCAACAUGGUGACCCUAGAUUAUCAGAUUUGAAAGGAAUUAGUGACUUGGCAAAAGCGUUGGUUGAGGCAAAUCUUGUGGAGACAUAUUCACUUGUGAAGUUGACUCUAAUUUUACUUAUCGCGACUGCAACGGUAGAAAGAGCAUUCUCAUCCAUGAAAUCAAUUAGGGAGUCUGAUGAAAUCGAAGUUUGUGUUCACGGGUCAAUUAUGGAGUAUGAUGAAAUCAAAGCGUAA